AUGGUUCAUCCCAUCAGCCUGCUCUUUUUGUCAACUUUGGCAGCAGCGUCCCCCUUCCCCUAUAACACUUUGGAGCGGGCCCACAAAGUCUCAAAUGAUGAAUUUGAAUCCUCUGGCAACGGACCGCGUGAGUCUGUCCAGGGGGUCGUGAAAGUCGUGCAAUUGGACCCACGUGCUUUGGCCCAGUCCGGCUUAUUCAGAAGGGGUCUGGCUCCCCGGAGAGCCCCCUCCCUGCGCUCCAGACUGCCCUUCCCAGCGUUCCUGUCUCAGGCACGACCCGGUGCGGCUCCGAAGGCCCCUGUGAGGCCGCUACACCACCUGCAAGCUAAAAAACCCACUGAGGUGGACCUGAAGAAGAGACAAGGCCUGCAGAUGUGGCAAAGAGCCAUGGAGAAGGGAAACAAGAUUGCCGUGCCUUUGCCAGCCACCCUGAAGGAUGCCAAACAGACGUGCACUGCUGUUCCUUUCAUUCAGCGUGUGACAUCCGAAGGUUGCGCCACAGUGACCGUGCACAACAAGCUGUGUUUCGGCCAGUGCAGCUCCCUGUUUGUCCCCUCGGAGAUGGACCCGACCGGGAAGGGGUCCCGCCAGCGUGCGCCCUGCUCUCGUUGCGCGCCAUUCAAGGCUCACAUGGUAACCAUCCCCCUGCAGUGUGGCGCCAGGGUCCAAGAGAGGCGAGUGAUGCUGGUGGAGGAGUGCAAGUGUGAGACCGGGCGUGAGGAGACCAAUGCAGAGGAAGCUGCUGUUUUGCCACACUUCUAAACGCUUUAUGGCACUUUUUUUUGUUGUUGUUAUUUUCUAGGUUCAGGUAAGAACAUUGAGAUGGUAGACUACUCAUUUACCUGUAUUCUCAAUGUGAUAUCACCUCCGUUAUAUGGAUAGACGUAAUCUGACCUUUGUGAUCAGUGUACUAUUGAUGAGUAUACAACAUUAGGUACACCUAAUCUAAUAAUAGCAUAUGCAUGAAUGGUAUUGGAAUUUUUUUUUUUUUUAUUCAUAAACAGGAAGUAAACAAUCACAGGUGUUCUAUUAAAUAAGCUUUGCUUCUUCCUACCCCUUUUCAUGAUAACAAUGCUAAAAUAUUAGAUUUUGCAGGCGUACCUAAUGUUGAAUGUCAAGUCUGAAUGUUUUAUUCAGUGUUCCUUCUUCUUAUUAUUAAUUUAUUUCAGACAUGCUUACUAUGUUACAUUAAUGUAUCUCAAAUAUACACUUACAAUACAAUACACAAUAUCAAUAUCUAUUUAUAUACUUACAUAUAUAUAUAUAUAUACACACAUGUAUCUAUAUACAUGCAGCAUAUUCAUACAUAUAUACACACACAUACAUACACAACACCUCA